AUGGAUCCACGUAGAGCCCGUGAUCCUCGUCUUGCACGCGCUGACCCACGCAUCCAACGGCUAGCGUCGGGGUCGCCCGUACCGCCACAGCAGGCACAGUCCUCAGUGCCAUGGCCGCCCUCGGGAUCAUAUGCGUCAGCCCAACAAGUCUCGCGGCCGUCUAGCCGACAAGCAACAUCAAGUACAGGGAGCAGUACAGUGACAAUAUCCGGUGUCGACAAGCCUCCGCUGUCCAUUUACAAACCCCGCACACUGUUCUGUGUGGUCUGUGCAAGCAAUCAGAACCGUUCUAUGGAGGGACAUCAUGUCUUACAGUGUGCUAUCGUGUCAUUUCAUUCGGCACGGGAUUCUGCUGUCCGCCUUCCUGGACCAUCGAUAGACAAACCCAACAUAUAUGCUUUUGGAACGCCGUACAACUCGAUAUUUGAAGAACUACAAGCAAAGGACCCGCGUCUGUAUACGGCAAAUGGGCUCCUUCAAAUGCUAGAUCGCAACCGCAAAAUAAAGCUCGCUCCAGAGCGCUGGCAAGAUAGCAGAGCCAUAGCGGAUGUGGUAAUCACGUGCGAGGAGCGUUGUUUUGACGCUGUAUGUGAUGAUCUUCUGAAUCGUGGAGGCGAUUUCAACAGGCCGAAAUCAAGGAUAACCACUGAGGAGGCACUGAUUGCUGGAAAGGCCGAUGUUGGAUUUGGCAGCCGCGAGGCAUGCCAAGAUUUGGAUGAGGACAUUGAUAAGAUACUGCAGGCGCAACAAGAACGACAUCCACACAGUAUCCUGCAUGCGGUAGCAUUUUACUAG